AUGAGUGUGUUUUUGUGUGGGUUAGCUGGUUUAUCGCUAGUAGUGAAUCAUCUGUUCAAAGAGUCGUGUAUAGAGAGCUUUUUGUUGGAGUCGAUAAAGUUGAAUCGGUGUAGUAGUUUGUCCGAACGUUUUUAUGUGGGAAACAAUGUGGUAAUGUGAUAAUUGUGUUAUCAUUUAGUCAUUGAUUACCAGCGUUAAUCAUGAACCAGCCAAACAGUCGCACAUUGUCGUCGCUUUCUUGCUGAAUUCCUCUGGUAUCUUUUCGCCUUCUUAUCCCUCUCUCUUGCGUUAAAGAGUUUAUGUUUUCGGUGUGAUUAUCGAUAAUGAUACAAGCAAUCGAAAUACCAAAUCAAUUCCGAGGAAUACACGUUGCUUUAAACCGUCGCUGAAGAGAUUACGGACGGCAUUCGCAUACGGACACCAGUUGUCGGAUGAACCCACUCGAAAAAUGGACUUCUUGGUUUAUCUUCUGCCCGUUAUUGUUUUUGUUAUUUCGUGUGGCUUUGAGAGUCGCGAUAAAUUGAGGUAUUACGCGAAAUAUGUACUUUAUGCUGUGUGGAGUUCAGUUGUCGCGGUAAUUGUACUACCGUUUAUUCUCGUCGAUUCGCCGGGCCACGUGAAACACGCCAGGCAUGCCUCGAUAUUUCUUCGACUUUAUACAAAAUUAUUGGGCAUCAAAUGGGAACUCCGGGGUGUCGAGGAGAUUGAGAGAGUUCAGGCUUGUGUUGUCGUGGUGAAUCACCAAAGUAUAUUAGAUAUAUUAGGUUUAUUCAAUAUCUGGACAACGCUAGGAAACUUGGCUGCAGUCUCAAAAAAAGCGUUACUCUGGGUCAUUCCAUUUGGUCCAAUCGCAUGGCUAGCUGGUACAGUGUUCAUUGAUCGUAAAAAUGGAAAAGAAUCAAUGAAAACAUUAGUCAAUGUUGCAAAUAAAUCCCAGAGCCAUGCUACGAAGCUGUUAAUUUUUCCUGAAGGCACGAGAAAUAAAGAUAUUUUAUCGAAUGGAAUUCAGCCGUUCAAGAAGGGCGCCUUCAAGAUAGCAAUUGAUAAUCGUUUGCCGAUUCUACCUCUUGUCUUUUCGCCUUAUUAUUUCAUCGAUGAGAAGACGUACUUUUUUGGACACGGAAAAGUGAUAAUCAAGGCCUUAGAACCGAUUUCAACGGAGGAUUUAGUUUCCGAUGACGUGGACCAACUGAUGGCCAAUACACACGCGAUAAUGCAAAAGGAGUUUCAAUCUCUCACGAAGGAAAUCGUCUCGACCCUAGACGACAAUUAUUCGUCUAACGUUCGUUGGCGUCAAGAAAUUUUAAAAAACAAUAAGAGCUGAUGACGUCUUCACAGUGCAAUCCGCCUGCAAUCGUUAUUUUUACCCAAUAAUCUGCCAAUGAUUACUUUUGUAAUGCAUCUUUAAUUGAUUAAGUAAGCUUGGGAAUACAUUUACACUAUUUCUCAUGGUGAUA